AUGCCCAAACUUCUCGUCUCGGAGCAGCUUUCCACGCUUAUAUCUCAAUCUAACCUUUCCGAAGAUGCUAAGGAGGCAUUGAAGACCAAAGACUACAUCACCCACAGUGAGCUCUUUGAGUUUUACAAAUCCCAAUCGCCAACACCAGCCUUCGCUGACUUGUUGAAAUCCACAUCCGUAUACAAGCCGGCAAAGAUUGUUGAAGAGGUUCCAAAGACUAAAGAGUACUUGAAAACAAUGCGGCAGUUGCGUUUGAGAAAGGAAGAGGAAGACUACCAGCGGUUGGUCAAUCCACACGUCUCCACCUACGAUCAGAACUCGCUCAGAGAGGACGCCCCACUUACCCCGGCGCAGGCAACCAAGGAGCUCAAAUCCCAAAUAACCACCAUUAUUAAUAUCUUGUUGAGCGUAGGCUCGGUGGUUUACGCGAUUUGGUACUGGACCAACACUUCGUGGAAGUUGAACGACGCCUACAGGGUGCUACUAUGCUUAUUCUUUGGUAUUCUUGUAUUGGUGGCCGAGGUGGUAGUCUUCAACGGUUACUUAACCAAGAUUGACGAUGCAAAGAAGACGGAAAGGCGAAAAAAGGAGGUCAAAAGCGUGGUGGAGACGUAUGAAAUCGGCAAGCUGGUUUAUAAGCAAAAGUAA